AUGCCUGAUCACGCGACGUGUUUGGUCCAAUCAGCUACGUUGAUCCUCGUGACCCUCCUGGCGCUGGUGCCCCGACCAUGUGAUGGCUCCUGUGAGGUCCGCUGUGAACGCUCCAUCCCCCUGCUGACCAAGUUACGGAGCCACUGGUCCCGUUCAUUCAAGCGCUUCGGUGAACAACGUGUGUCUUUCGAGCAGUUUCUGUUGUCCUUGGUGCAGACCUCAGCGUCGGACGACCAAAAAAUGAACAACCUCCGCUUCAACAUAUUAUACAACAUCGGACGGUACCAGGACUGUGUCAUGGCCUGCGAGCACCAGUUCAGUAAAAGAGAUGGACGGUGGAGCGGCCGAAGUCCGUACGGCUAUUCUCUUUUUCUGCCAAAAGUUUCCGCAUCCACCAGUCGGUCCCUGUUCUUUCACCCGCCAUUGUACACCCAGAACGGCAGAGACCUAAGUCAGGUGACCUGAGAUCAGCCAAUAAAAAUAUUGUUCCGUCCCUUCCACAGGAUACGGCGGCCAUCAUGAAUUGUAAAAUCGGCUGCUGUGAGCUGGCGUUAUAAAAAAAUUGGAUGGGAUCCGGCGCAGGGUUAAAUAAAUAUUCAUUUCCUUUU